CUAAGAACACACUCCACGAGGACCAAGUUGUCUUCAGUUUUAAACAAUCGAUUAUCUAUAUUUUGAGCAUGCAUAUAUCAUGCGCCAUGCGGUAAGGGGUUAAAGCCCACAAUUGUUUUAUAGUCUGUCACCUUCUUAAAAAUUAGUGGUCCUUCGAAGAAAACAUCAGGAAUAUGAAAAUUGAAGGCGUACUGGGUCGCAGCAGCUAGCACAUUUCUAGCAAAUAGAAAUUUGAAAACCCUAAAUACGCACACGAAAGAAAGGAAAACAGACGCAGCCGCGUAUGUCUCCUAAGAUGUGAAGCAGUUAAUUGGACGUCCAAUCCCCUUUUACACAAUACCUACUUCGGGCAGCAUUGAUGAUUCGCAUCAGAAAGAAUGCUGUUUUGGCCGCAUGCACAGGUUUUGCGAAAGCAUCCAUGCUGAUAGUCACGGACACUGUCCUGCAGCGCAGCAACAGGCUGCAAGGAGGAGGGGGCAGCAGUUGCGGACGCCUUGUUUUGACAGCCGUUCCAGCGAUGGGAGCGAGCAGAGAUGUGACCCCAUUCGGGACCUCCCAUAUAAAGGCCCCGAACGGCUUCCGCCGCGCCAGUCUUUCAGCAUGUCAUCGUGCGGCGCGCUCCUCGUGGUCCUGGCACUCAUUGCGGCGACGAACGCAGGGCCCUGCGGAAAUGAUGAAGACCCAGACCGUGCCAGAUUUUGGUCUUGCUUCGCAAGGAAGCUGACCGCAACGGAGCAAAACGUCAUGAUCGACCUCAAAAACGCUUUUUUCCGAAGAUCCCAGAAGCAACUCAACUACCAAUGGCUCUGCGACCAGCUGUCAAUGCCUGCGAGGCGGCGCCAGCAAAUGGCUGCUUUUCUGGUGCAGAAAUUUAGGAGUGCACAGAGGGCAGGCAAGGUGAACGAACACUUGGCUUCGUGCGGGCGAACUGUCUACCAAGUCUGAUCGAUUGAGGAAAACAGCACCAAAGAGUCUCCAGCUGGAAGGACAACGUAUCACCAUAAGGAAGCCGACGAAAGGAUUGCUGAUCAUCAGUGCACCUCACAGACAUUCCGUUUUAUUUAUUCCACAAAUUUCGCUCAUAACCUGCAAACAUCAUUGCGGACAGGUUAUCGCUGUCUGGAGUAGGUCUGGAAUGGCGAUGCAACACAGAGCACAUCACUGAAUGCGAUCAGCUAUACGUAUUGAUAACGUUUGUAGAUCAUUCUCUGUUGGCUUCUGUAAGUAAUGAAGAUUUUUCACGAGUAAAUGACUGGAAUGGCACCAUUUUCGCACACUUUGGUCAUAUUGCUCAAGUGUUAUGCACUUUUCCGUGCACGCUGUCAACGUCACGCUGAAGACUGAAAGUGAAAGAACGCGAAGAGAAGACAAACUAACC